GACACCUCGACGUCUUACUUACACUGCCCACCGCUCUCCCACUCCGUCAUCCCCCAUCCCCACCGCAUCCGUGUGAAGCCCAUCAGAAGUCUCACCGAAAGCGCAACAGCAAACAGAUGUACAAACAGUGAAGGACCAAAUCAAGGACUCCUGCCAUGAACGUAUACUGAGGACAGAAGGAGGAAGCAAAGCAACAAGAAAGAUCCUUUCCACCUACAGGCACAGCAUAGGGAGAAAAGAAAGAGAGAGAGAGAGAGAGAGAGAGAGAGAGAGAGAGAGAGAGAGAGAGAGAGAGAGAGAGGGGGAAAGAGAGAAAGAAAGAGAGGAGGACAGUCGAUGGAUACAACCUGGACAGAGGAGACGGCACACUCUUCGGUUAAAGGACUUCGGACUCUUGAAACAUGGAGGGAACAGGGAGGGUGCACAUGCCUCCAGCCAUGGUGUGGUGCGAGCGGGGCAUCCAGGUCCUGCUCACCACCGUGGGAGCCUUUGCGGCCUUCACCCUGAUGACGGUGGCCAUCGGCACCGACUACUGGCUCUACGCCCGUGCCUUCAUCUGCAACAGCACGGCCAACUCCUCCAAUCAGGACGACCCCCACAACAAGGACAAGAAGGACCCAGGCGCCCUCACCCACUCUGGCCUGUGGAGAAUCUGCUGUCUAGAGGGGUUGAAAAGAGGGGUCUGCUCUCAGAUCAAUCACUUCCCAGAGGAUGCUGAUUACGACCAAGAUGCUGCAGAAUAUCUCUUACGUGUGGUGCGUGCUUCCAGCAUCUUCCCCAUCCUGAGCGCCAUCCUGCUGCUGCUGGGUGGAGUGUGCGUGGCCUCCAGCCGCUUCUACAAGACCAAGAGGCACAUCAUUCUUGGAGCAGGCAUCCUGUUUGUGGUGGCAGGCCUGAGCAACAUCAUCGGUGUGAUCGUUUACAUCUCGGCGGCGCUAAGCGACAUCUCCCCGAAGAAGGACGAGGACAAGAAGUGGCACUACUCGUACGGCUGGUCCUUUUACUUCGGUGGCCUCUCCUUCAUCCUGGCCGAGGUGGUGGGCGUGCUGGCGGUCAACAUCUACAUCGAGCGCAACAAGGAGCUGCGCUGCCGCUCGCGCACCGACCUGCUGCGCACCACCACCUCCGCCAUGCUCCGGUUGCCGGGAUACCGUUUCCGCCGGCGCUCGCGCUCCAGCUCGCGCUCCACCGACCCCACCGCCCGCUCCCGCGACCCCUCCCCGGGGCCCGCGUCCAAGAACUUCGGCCCGCCCCUGGCGGCGGGCCCUCCGCCGUUCUCCGUGGCGACGCUGCCCAACCCGCACACGCACAGCAGCGGCGGCGGCGGCGGCGUGGGCGACAUCUCCAUGUACACGCUGUCGCGAAGCGAGAAGCCGCCCAUGUACGGCACGGUGGACCGCGCCACACUCUACCAGCUCCACAACUACUUCCCCACCGGCGAGAAGGGCGCCGACGGCAGCAGCGGCGCCAGCGUCCUGAUGACCGGCACGUUGCCGUCGCUGUCCAAGUCCAACUUGGCCGCGUCGCUGCAGAGCGCCACCAACACGCUCAACACACUGUCUUCCAGCGGGGGUGGGGGAGGGGGCGGGGGGGGCAGUGUGGGGGGGCAGCAGCCGCCCUCGUCCACCGCCACCAUGGAGCGCAACCGCGAGCGCGGCCAUGGCACGCUGGACCGCCUCGACCGCAAAGGGGACAGCUCCAAUUCCAAUACGCUCAACAGGAGGACCACACCCGUCUGACCGCACAAA